GAUCGUGUGCAAAGGCCUAGAAAAUAUGAUAUUUCAAGUUUACUUCUUCCAGUUCCAGUAUUUGUAGAGUCACUUAGUGUUAGAGGUUCCUGUCUGUCACUUUCAGAAUCUAUUUUGCUUCUCAUUAUCCUUCAGGUGCUUCAUUAUAAUGCCUUUCAAACCUGUGGAACAACCAAAGUGUCCAAAAUGUGGCAAAUCCGUGUACGCAGCUGAAGAAAUGUUGGCAGCUGGCCAAAAGUGGCACAAGAAUUGUUUCAAGUGUGGCCUUUGCCACAAAAGUUUGGACAGCACAAAUGCCACAGAACACGGGGGUGAGCUGUAUUGCAAGCAAUGUUAUGGCAGAAAAUUUGGACCUAAGGGAUACGGUUUUGGUGGAGGAGCCGGGACCCUUAGCAUGGACACAGGAGCACAUCUAGGCAAUACCGAAACCACAAUGAGCAACAAACCAAGCGACCCAUACUACGGUUAAACCCCUGGAAUUUAAUAUUUUCUCUACAAGAGAACAAGUAUUUAAAUGUGACAUCAAGAGGGAACGAUCGAUUGAGGGGGACAAUUUCUUAAUAUUUUAAUUAUUUAUUUAAAUGUUUGUUUCAUCACUUGUCUCGGCAUAUGUGAUAAUUUGCACUGUAGGUAUCGGAACGAGUUUUGGAAAUAUAUAUAUAUUUAAUCCAAUUAAUCGGCCAUCAGAACUAUGCAGCUAUGGAGAACCAUCGAGAAUAGCCUUAUCAGUCUUCUGCUUCAGAGUUAGAGCUAGAACAGAAGCUUUGAUUGUCACGCUAGAAAGCUGUUAAAUCUGUGAUUUUUGUUUCUUUUUCUCGGUUUUUUUUUAUGUUGUAAUUUAUUGUGUAUAAUGCACUCUAUUUUUGAUUUAAUCGGAUGGUGUCGUUCGUAUUGGUUCAGUGACUGGAAUAACCAGUAAAAAAAGCCUAGUAGUCUUAAGCAAAACCUUGCCUUCUGUUCAAAAGUUUGAUUGUAAAAUGUGCAACGCUUUUUAUUCAUUAAACAACUGUUUACAAUCCUUA